AUGGCUAAUUUGUCUGUGUUUGUAUUUGUAUUUGUUGGUGUGUUAAUAUUGACAUGCCUUCAAAUAAUAGAGGCACAACUUAUUGGAGUAUGUUAUGGGAUAAAUGGCAACAACUUACCAUUACCUAUAGAUGUUGUAGAUCUUUAUAAAGCUAAUGGCAUAACAAAGAUGAGACCCUAUGAUCCAAUUCCUGAAAUGCUCAUUGCUCUCAAGGGAAGUAACAUUGAAAUCGUUCUUGAUAUUCCCAAUGACAAACUUCAAGCCUUAAAUGAUCCUAAAGAAGCUACAAAUUGGGUCAUUGUCAAUGUUAUGAAUUAUUUUUCACAAGUCAAAUUCAAAUAUAUAAAUGUUGGAAAUGAAGUAUCUCCUAUUAAUGUUGCAACAUCUCAAUUUGCUCCCUUCCUUCUCUCCGCCAUGACAAACGUGCAACAAGCUAUAACCAAAUUCAAACUACAGAAUCAAGUGAAGGUCACAACAGCUAUAGAGACCGGGCUUUUGGCGAAUACAUAUCCACCAUCUCAGUCAGUAUUUCGCGAUGAUGUGAGCAGUUUCAUCAACUCGAUCAUCGCAUUCUUGAAACAGAAUAACUCACCUUUGCUAGCAAAUAUUUAUCCGUAUUUUGCUUAUAUUGGCGACCCUGAUCAUGUUGCACUCCCUUAUGCACUAUUUACACAACAAGAACCCGACCCAUCGGGUUAUUAUAAUCUUUUUGAUGCUAUGUUGGAUUCAAUUUAUUAUGCAACUGAGAAAGCUGGUGGAGAUAACGUGGAAAUUGUUGUUUCUGAAAGUGGAUGGCCGUCUGAUGGUGGUGUUGGAGCAAGUAUAGAUAAUGCCGCGACUUAUUAUAGGAAUUUGAUUAGACAUGUGAAGUCAGGAGCAAAAACUAUACACAAGCCUGGAAAUGCUAUAAACGCUUAUUUAUUUGCUAUGUUUGAUGAAAAUGAGAAGCCAGGGGCUGAGACGGAGAAGCAUUUUGGAGUGUUCCAUCCUGAUAAAACUCAGAAGUAUAAUCUUACCUUCUAGUUCUACUAUGUAUCAAUAAAAAAUUUACGAUUCUUCAAGGAUUUGUAGGUUAAAAUUAUUGUCUCAAUUAGA